AUGGGUAAUAAUCAACCAUAUUCAAUUACAUUCAUAGAUUCUAUAUCAAUAUAUUUUGAUAAAGUACAAAAUCAUGUUGAAUUAACAUGUCAAUUUUCAACAGGUGAUAUACGUGAUUUAUUACGUUUUAUAAUAUUAAUAUCAGAAAUAAUUUAUAUAAAUAUAUUUCAAAAAAAAACAUCAUUUCUUAGUUGUGAAAUAGAUCAAAUAAUACUGUAUAGCUAUAUUAUUAUUUUGUUUACCAAUAUUUAUAUAAAGACAAUUUUGAAGUUGGUUGAUUAUCAAGAAUACAAUUUCAAGAAAUAUAGGCUUCAUUUUUAGCUUCAAUUAAUUCACCACAAAUCAAUGUAAUGAUGAGAAUAAACAAACAACAAAUAAUUUUAAAAAAAAAAAAGAAGAAACUUUAGAAAAAAAUGCAACACAAUGGUAACAAGAUUGAAAAAUAAACUAGAUUUUAUCUGUUCUUUUUUUAUCGGUGGUCAAUAUAUGCAAACAUGUUCAACAUUAGAUACAAGUUCAAAUAAUUUAUUUACAAAUAUUGAACGGUUAGAUACACGUGAUUUAUUAUCCUAUGGACAACUUUCAUAUGAUACUAUAUGAACAUCAAUCCAAAGUAAUAAUACAUUACCAUUAUCAGUUAAUGUAAGUCUCACAUAUGUUUUAAUAAUCGACAAAUAGAACUCAAAGUUAAAAGAAAGAUAAAUUCAUUGCUAAAUUAUUAAUUUCAUCAAAGAGAAAAUCUAGUGUUUCUCUGACUUUGAUUUGAUAUAUAAUACAUGCA